AUGGCUACCGAAACCCAAACCGCCAGCUCCCCUGAGCUCACCAUCAUCACCCGCGUCGCCUCCAUCCCCCUCGUUGCGUCCUCCCUCAACACCAUACAUGAAACUCUUACGAACAACUCCUACACUCGGCAGCCCUAUACUACCGCACAGGGCCUCUCCAAGUCCGCACUUUCAUACACCGAACCGCUCCAAAAGAAGUUCGCCCCGAUCCUCGAGCGCGCCGAUAGCUACGCCAACCUCGGCUUCGACGCGGUCGAGUCCCGCUAUCCGUAUCCGUUCAAGACGCCCACCGAGGAUAUCGUCAAAGAUCUUAGGGGCCACAGCGACCAUGCCAGGGAUGUUGCAACCAAGGCUCUCGAUGAGAGAGUAAAAAGCCCUGCAUUCAAUGUUGCUCAAGGGAUAGAUCAGAGGUUUACACCUAUCGUCAACUACUUUGAGGUUGCAGUCAACAAGUUGCACCCCAAUGGCGACUCAUCACCGUCAUCGCCAGACGCACAGUACCAGUAUCAACGCGCCUUUCUGCUUUCGAAGGACCUCUCGGACCAGCUCCGGACAUACUCUACUGAGCAGGUCAAUCAGCUGAAAACGCAGAAUGCACUGGUCAAGCGCGCGGCGGAGACCGCCCACGACAUCACCAACUUUGCGUCGUCCAGCUACGACACCGCACACGUGAAGGUACAGGCGCUGAGCGAUACCAUGCUCGCCGAGCUUCAGAAGAUCCAGGCCACGACGGCGACUCUUCCGGCCUCUGUGCAGGCAUCCCUCCAUGACAUCUCCACUCACCUUUCGUCCGCGAUCUCUGAGCUCUCCUCUAUCCUCACUUCGCCAGAGCCUGUUCAGGAGAAGAUCCACAAGGUCCGCGAUACCGUCCAGGAGCGCGUGCACCCUCUGCUCGAGGCAGCAACCACGCGCGUAUCUGAGAUCCUCGGUGCGCUCAAGUCGCGGGUUAUGGAGAAAGAAGGCUCCGUGGCGGGGGCAGCAAAUGCCAAUGGCCAAGCGAAUGGCAACGGUAGCGCAUAG